GUUUCUCCAGAUGCCUCCAAGCAGCAGACUCGUGAACGUGAGGGAGAUAUAUUACAGAAAUACAUGUAGCGUUGAACCACACCUGUAAUGCCCGCCAAACUUCACUCCUCCGUCCUGUGUGACAUGGUAACCGCGGAUGAAAUCGCCAAGUUGUGCUACGAGCGUUUCAACGCGCUUCCCCGGAGAGGGAAGCCUGAGUCGGGCAGAGAGUGGACCCCGCUGGCCGCUGUGCUCAAAGUCACCCGGUGUGCUAACUCUGACACAGUUGAAAAGGAAGUUGUUUCUCUGGGAACUGGGACCAAAUGUAUUGGACAGACACCUAUGAAUCGUCAUGGUGAUUUACUCAAUGACAGCCACGCAGAAGUCAUUGCCAGAAGGGGAUGUAUCAGGUAUCUGAUCCAGGAGUUGCACAGGGCUGUUAGCGGUGGUGACAGCUCUGUGUUUUGUCAGGCAGAUGAGCGGGGGAAAUGGAGGCUUCAGCCAGGAGUUUCCUUCCUUUUCUUCACCAGUCACACUCCAUGUGGUGAUGCCUCCAUCAUCCCAAUGACUGACAGCGAGACUCAACCAUGUGCUCCUGUCACAUCUAUGGAGAGCCAUAAAGGAAGUGAUGGAGGAGGAGGCCUGAAAAGGAAAGCUGAGGAGCUCAGGGGAGAGCAGAGCACUAAGUUGCUCCGUCUGGAGGAACAGAAGACUGAGGGGACAAAGCUAGAGGAGAGGCAAGACUCAAACACAUCUCAGUCUGUAUCCAUGGUUUUAACUUCAUCUACAAGCGAGGAUCCAUCACAGAGUCACUCUACAAAAACACCUGUGGAAACGGUCUCACAAGCUUCAGCAGAGCUGAAGAUAAAGAACAGAGCUGGACUACAUCUGCAGGUCCCAGACAUUCACAGAACAGGGGCCAAAUGUGUCCCAGGUGGACCAGCCGACCCUCUGCAUCCUGGGGCGGGGUACCACAGCACAGGGGUGCUCCGGUUGAAGCCUGGGAGAGGAGAGCCGUCUCUGUCCCUCUCUUGCAGUGACAAGCUGGCUCGCUGGGGGGUGCUGGGUUUCCAGGGCGCACUGCUGUCCCACUACCUACAGGAGGCGCUCUACUUCAGCACUGUGGUGGUGGGGAAGUGCCCCUACAGCCAAGAGGUCAUGCAGAGAGCUUUGGUCACAAGGUGCUCCCAUGUCUCAGACCUCCCUGCUGGUUUCUCAGUGUGUCCGCCAGUCCUGCUCCAGUCCAGCCUGGAGUUCCAGUUCAGCAAGGCCCAGACUGAGCUCCGACACCAAGCCAAACAGGGACGCGUCUCCCCCUGUGGGGCAGCCAUCAGCUGGUGUAAUGUGGCCGAGCAGCCACUAGAUGUCACUGCCAACGGCUACAAACAUGGAGUCACCAAAAAGGUCCUGGGCACAGCUAAAUCCAGGUCUCAAUUGUGCAAACUGGAGCUUUUCCAUUCCUUCAAGUCUCUGGUAUCGGCCACCGACCCCUCAGCACUUCCUGACUCCCUCAGGAGGACGGAGCUGCAGACUUACUGGGACUACAAGCAGGCGUCCCAGUCCUACCAGCAAGCCUGGCAGCAGCUAUGCAGUCAGGCCUUCCCUCUGUGGCUACGCAGUGACAGAGACCUCCUGCUCUUCCACUGAAAAUCUGCUCUGCAGCUGAAAUGUCUUCAUUAAAGUCGAUGAAAAACCCGCUUUGUUGUAACUUGGAGAUCACAAGUCAAAAUAACCACUGGUCUGCAAGUGUUGUUUUUCUCCCAGAGUCUGACUCAUCAGAGUGGAACUCACAUGUCAAACUCAGGAUGGCAGUGACAAGACAUAUUGGUGAAAGAAAAAUAAACAGAAUCGUGUUCGUCAUGUUAUACUUCAAAUAAAAGGAAAUAAACUCUGUUA